UUAUGACAGGAGUGAAUUUGGUUUGUUUUCUAAUAUUCUGCCCCUGGUAAAGUCGCUCGUUUCCAUCUCCUUUAGUUAUUUGGUCCUCCCAGUGAAUUCUUUGCACAUUUGCUGACAAAUGCACUUUGACGAGGCGACUGUAAAGCGACUUUUAGACGAGUCCUUGCUCAUCGUGCGUGAAUUCGAAGAUCUUAUUGAUUCCUAUGUUCUGGAUUUUUAUGUAGAAAACCAUUGGAAUAAACUACCACCAUCAUGGAGGUCUACAUUCAAACAUAUGCCACCACAUGUGCUGAAAGAACUUUUGAUUCCUCAAUGCGAAAACAGAGUUGUGUGGCCUCUUUCGCUCCUAGCACUUAGGAAUAUAAUUGGUAGAUUAGCACUACCAAGAAAAUUCAAUGUCCAGAAUGACAACGAUUCCAUGAAAAAGUCCCAUUAUUCAACCCAUCCAAGAUUGAAAAUGUUAAUUUCGAAGCAAGUGAAACCUAAAAAGAUGCACGAAAUGGACAACAUGGCAAAACUUUGCGGUGAAAAUGCAAAAAAGUAUUCAACUGUUUACAUCGUUGAUUUUGGAGCAGGCAUCGGGCACUUAGCGAGGCGCUUGGCAUUUGAGCACCAUCUGAAAGUUUGCUGCAUUGAAAUGAAAGGUGAAUUUAACCAGCAAGCCAGACAAAUUGAUCAGCAAUUUAUUGAACGGGGCAAAAAGUACUUACCACCUGAAUGUCUUUCUAAUUACUCGAAACCGAUUCACUUAACAAUGACUCUUACAGAAGACAUAACACCAGAAGUGUUCAUUCAAUACAUUCGAGAUGCCUUUGGUCUAAGCGACUGUGAUAACUUCACGUUUGGUAUUGUCGGGUUGCAUCCAUGUGGGAAUCUUACUGCAAUCCUUCUGAAACUAUUCUUACGAAUCAAAGAAGCGAAAUUCCUGAACAUCAUUGGGUGCUGCUAUAUGAAGCUGACUACGAGCACGGAAGGGGCACAAUUCAAAGGAUAUCCUCUUAGCCGGUAUUUGUUAAAUAGACCAGAACCAUUAUCUAAAUUGUCGUAUGAAGCCAGAGAGGCAGCUUGCCAUGCAAUCGAGAACUAUGCAAUGAGGCUGGAGACUAGAAAUUAUGAAUAUUUGAAGGUGCAUGCAUAUCGUGCUGCUUUGGAACGAAUUCUUGUCAAGAACUGGCCGCAUUUUAAACAUGCGGGGUUGAGAGGAGUGAAGAAUACAGAGUUGCUGACCUUUUCAGAGUAUGCUAAAAUGGCAGUAGCUAACUUAUCCAUUACACUCAAUGACGAUGAGCUAGAAUCAGAGCAAGUGCAAUUAGAUCUCGAAAUAUGGAAUCAUGUAGUGAUUUUCUACACAUUAAGACUAAUGUUUGCGCCUCUUGUUGAAAGCAUUAUUUUAUAUGAUCGGCUUCUAUAUCUCAUGGAAAAGGGCUCUGACGCAUCGAUCAAAAUAGUUUUCGAUCCAACUAUCUCUCCUAGAAACCAUAUUCUGAUUGCUGGAAAAAGGUAACAAUCAGAAACGUGGGAACAAAUUAGGGUGCUCAUCAAUUAAUUUAGUCGAAGGAAAGAUCGCCAUGUUAUGAACCUUUUCCGAAGAACUCCAAAUAAAUAUGAAUAACGACAGAA